AUGGAUUUAAACUUUUGUGAAACAUGAAUAACUUCUGAAGAAAGAGAUGCAUCUUUCAUAGGAUUUGAACCUAGCGUCUAGAAAAGUCUAUUUUUGGCUUUAGAACACCCCGGUAUCCUGGCGUUGGUAUACGGACAAGUGUUGAUUCAUGUCGGAGAUGCACUGUUCCCCGCGAAUCAUCAUCUUCACAUCGCUGUGCCUGGGCGCCGUGGCGCUGUGCACGCUGACGCUGGGAGUCAGCACUGACUUCUGGCUGUACACAACCGAGGCGACCAAGAAUAAUGUCAUGAUGGAGAACUUUACCAUAGAGACCCAGAUACAAAUGCGCUCAGGCCUGUGGAAGAUGUGUGUCAUGUUUGAAGAGUUUCCACCCGCUUGUUCUCACAUAGAAUACUUCCAGCAAGACUCGGACCGACACGACGAGGCAACCAUAUCCAUUUCGAUAACACGAGCUAUCCGAGUGUCAGCACCGACUCAGGUGGCAGCUUUGGUGUUUGUUGUUCUGGGUUUUAGUUUAGGUGUGGUCGGAGGAAUUAAGCAAAACGCCACAAUAAUUGCAGCUGCCGUCAUGUACAUUUUCUCUGGUUUGCUGGUGGCCGUGGGUAUGAUUCUGUAUAUAUCAGCCAUAAAUGAUGAGGUAGGCCACGGGAUUAAAUCAAAAGACGGGUCAAUGUUCUCUUACAAAUACGGAUGGUCUUUCGUAUUUGUCGGAAUAUCGUUUGUGUGUUCGGAGCUGGCUGCCGUUAUGUGCAUUUCUGUUCACAUCACUUUGAAUGCCCGUCGAUCAGACAUUCUCCGAAUCAUUCCAGGGUUAGAGGACAAACUGCAGCUCAGUGCUCACAUAUACGACGAUACAGACGAAGAGAUGAGAUGUAAGCCUUCGGGAUCUGCAACACCGAUCUACUGAGAUGGACAAAAUUAGCAAUACCGACCAACCGAGAUGAACAGUUAGCAAUGUCAGUCAGUCGAUUCGGACAAAGCUAUUUGCAACGAUCCACUGAUUAAAACAAAACCAAACAUACCGAUUUCCAAGACGAAACGAGCAGGACAAAUGUAGCAUCUACUGAGAGAAACAUAGCUGGCAACAAGAUCUUGAGCUGGGAACUCAGGAAAGAAUAAGGCUAGCAACACAGAUAUACAGAAGAAAACAACACUGAUUAACUCAAGACAAACACGUAAAACUAGUAGCUACUAGGAAGAAAAAAGUUAGUAAGGGAAUACUAAAAACCCUGAUCUACUAAAGUGGCAAACCUAGCAUCACCUAUUUACAGAACACCAGAACACUGGCCUCACAAAAAGACCGUUUAGCUAUGGAGGACUCGACGUUAUUGCCAAUGACGUUAUGAAUUGAAGAUGGACGGACAGAAAAUACAGUUCAUUAUCACAUUCAUUUUGGUGUCAAUCUAGUAACAAAAUCUUCACAAUCUAGAAGCAUUUGUUUUAUCGUAUUAAUCUUCACUGAUUUUGUCCUUUGUUUUGGGCAUUUGUUGUCCCAUGUAACCUUUCCCACUAAAGUGAGUGCUAGUGAACUUUCUUCUUUAUAGUGCGAUCACAACCUUGUUUGCAUUUGCUGUGGUUAACAAGUAAUAUAAGGUUUCUCCUUGCCUUGGGGGAUUGCGCAGAGCGUGGACAAGUUAUUGGAAAACCUUAUGCUGUUUAAGACCCGUCCAAAUUGCAGAAACUGUGAAAAAGAAGAGAAACAAUUCUAGGACAAUUCUUCACACUGAUAUUAUCUGUCAAUUUAUGGAGGUUCUGUUAAAUAUUUGAAGAACCCUUUCUCUGUAACCUCGAUGUCAGCUCGCAAAGGGACAAUUGUUUUAUGUUAAUGUUAACGUUAUAUAAAUCAGACUUCCUUGCAUAUGUUAUUAAAGUUAUAAUAAGGAAUGCAGCCUGCUUUGGAUGCACAUGUGUCUUGCGACUUUUGAAAAUUAAUCGAGCCUUAAAAUUACACGUUAAGAUUCUUGAAAAUGCACACAUUCUCUACGAAUUUUUUUCCUCUUUUUAUGCCAUAAUCCUUCCGUUUCUCAGCUACCACAAAAAGCCCCGCAUAUAUCACCAUGGACAAUGCUGAAAAGGCAACCCGUAUUUAAUGUGCCUUUCCCAAAUGUGUUCCAUAUACUCAACGUAUAUGAUUACGUAUAUGAAAUGUGCUUGUAUAUAUGUAUAUGUAUGACAUUAUAGCUUUGCUCUUAUCAAAUUUCUUGUUAUGGUGUGAGCUAUAUCAUCUUAUCUCACUUUUAACAAUAAAUG